AUGGGAGCUGAGGAAGAAAUGCUCAUCACGCUGUCUGGAGGUGCCCCUUGGGGCUUCCGGCUGCAAGGGGGCUCUGAGCAGAAAAAACCCCUUCAAGUGUCCAAGAUCCGAAAGAGAAGCAAAGCAUGCCGUGGAGGCCUGUGGGAAAAUGAUGUGCUAGUAUCUAUCAAUGGAAAGUCGUGUGCUGGCCUCUCCCAUGCUACUGCCAUGCAGAUCAUUGACUCCUCCAACGGCAUGCUCAACAUCCGGGUGAAAAGAAUAGUUGGUGGGGACCAGACUGGCCCGCGGCUGCAGCGCUCCCCUUCCCCGGGGCAGCGAGUGCUCUCCCCGCCAUCCCCACUCAGCCCCCCGGCGCAGCUGCUGAGCUCCAGGCCGGCAGGAGCCCCGGCCACCACGCAGCCUCCGCAGCCCCGGAAGGCACAGAGGCACCUGGAGAGCCUCACCUCCCCGCCUGACAGCGAGGCCUACUACGGUGAGACUGACAGCGAUGCCGACAACGUGGCCCAGGAGAAGCACCGCCGGGCCCGCAAGAAGAGCCCGCGCUCCCCACCUGGCAGCACCAACAGCAAGGUGGACGUGACCCAGGACGAGGUGUCCCUGUCCGAACAGAGUGGCUAUGAGAGCACGCCAGAGGCCACUGCGCAGGGGGGAGCCGAGGUGGCCAGCUCCAGUGGGGUGGCCAAGAGGGAGAUUGCCUGCCCGCCCAGCAGCCGCACGGACACGCCGUUCUCAGAGAGCGAAGGAGCGCUGUGGCCACCCUCAGCAGAGGGGCGGGAGCCUUCCCCGGAGGCGAUGCUCCUACCCCACGCCACCAAGGCUAUCCGAGCGGAGCGCCACCUCAUCCCCAUGGUGGGGCCCGUGGAGCACCCAGUUGAUGAAGACCUGACCACCACAUACGCAGAGAAAGCCAAGCAGGCCAAGCUCCACCGCCACGAGAGCAUCCAAGAGAAGAAUGUGAAAGAAGCCAAAACCAAGUGCAGAACCAUUGCAUCCCUGCUGACAGACGCACCGAACCCCCACUCCAAGGGGGUGCUGAUGUUCAAGAAGCGUAGGCAGAGGGCCAAGAAGUACACAUUGGUAAGCUUUGGGAGUGUCGACGAAGACCGCUCUUACGAGGAGGAAGACGGAGUUUUUCCAACCAGUGAAUCUGAAUUUGACGAGGAAGGUUUCUCUGAUGCCCGAGGCUUAACGAAUAACUCAGACUGGGACAACACUUACCUGGACAUUGAAAAGUCCAAGUCAGACUCUGAGCAGAAAGAAGAGAAGCAAAAAGGUUUGAGUGAGGCCUCAGGUAAAGGAGCCCGCUUAUUUGAGCAGCAGAGGGAACGUGCUGGAAAGUACACAGUAGAGAAAGUCCCUGCAGAGAAGAGCCCCCAGCUUGCCCCAGCUGUGCAGCCGCAGCCAGGCAUGCUGAAUGGAGAGAUGCUUGUGCCACAAAAGACAAGCAGUGUGCCCCUCAGCAUCCACCUGGAAGGUGUGCAAGUGCCCAGCAAGCAGCCAGCCACUCUGCCCGCUCCGCUCCUGGCUCCCUCCAGCCCCACUGUCUUCCAGCCACCCCCCGGCACCCCUGACCCCUUCUCUGCAAGCACGGCCAGUAUGUUCAACAGAUCUGCACGGCCUUUCACUCCUGGCUUUUCUGGCCAAUGCCCAGUGACAUCCUCUGUCAUCUUCAGGCCAUCUGUACCCAAAAAAAACACUGAAAUCCUGGGUGGGCAAAGCACGGUGGUUCCCCCUUUCUCACCUCAGGCUCCAGGAUCACCUGCCAGUGCCCCAGUGCCAGCACACCACGGUCCAGUGAGCUCCUCCACAUCUCUGUAUAUUCCUGCACCAGGAAGGCCAACGCCACUGCUAGAAUCACAGCCAAGAGCAGGAGGAAGUGCUCCAGAGGCUAAGCCUUCCACCAACACUGCCCGGACAUCCACUGCCUCUAUAUUUCUGUCAGCUCCCUCAAAGCCAGGAGGGGAGGUGGCCUCUGCAGCAUCCCAGCCACAAGCCCCUGGAACAGCCUCUUCAUCUUUGUAUAUCAGCCCAGCACCAUCGCAGCACCCCAGCUCCCCACUGCCAGUGCAGCCUUCUCCUGCCACCUCACCAGCAACGCCACGGCCUCCUUCCGAGCCCUUAAUCUCCAGGGAGCAGAGGAUUGCUGUGCCGGCUCCCCGCACAGGCAUCCUGCAGGAGGCUCGCCGGCGGGGCAACAAGAAGCCCAUGUUCAGUAAGAUUGAGGAGAAGAAGAAGAAUUCACCCAACCCCGAGCUCCUGUCUCUGGUGCAGAACCUGGAUGAGAAGCCAAAAGGUGACCACCCUGGGGCAGGCUUUGAGUCUGGGCCUGAAGAGGACUUCCUCAGCCUGGGUGCCGAGGCCUGCAACUUCAUGCAGUUCUCUGGCCGCAAGUUCAAAACCCCACCUCCAGUGGCUCCGAAGCCUCAGCAGCAAGAUGCUGGACUGGUAAAUGGGGCCCAGGACAUGCCUCAGCUUAAAGGGAAGGGGGCAGAGCUCUUUGCCAAACGCCAGAGCCGCAUGGACAAAUUUGUGGUGGAGACGACGCCAAAGCCGGAGUCCAAGCCCAGGACCCCUUCUCCUUCCCCUUCUCUACCUUCGUCCUGGAAAUAUUCACCCAACAUCCGGGCUCCCCCUCCAAUAGCUUACAACCCAAUGCAUUCCCCUUUCUAUCCUCUGGCAGCCAGCAAGUCUCAGGCUAGCAAAGCAGAGAGCAAAGUGAAAAAGGCACCUGGCCAGAAAUCAGGGCUCAAGGUCAUCAAUUUCAUGUGCCAUCAGCCCUAUCAAUUAAAGUCAGCCAUGUUCUGUUUUGGAGAUCCCCCAAGCCCUAGCACGCAGGAGUCUCCUGCUCAGCCAGCCCAGCAGGCCGGCUCAUCCUUCACCGUGGCCAAGCAGGUCCCAGUGAAAACAGCCAAGACCCAGGAGGUUCGUCGCUUCUCCACCCCGGCUCCCGCGCCAGCCUCAGGCAGCAUGGCACCCACUGUGCUUGUGCCCCGCUCAGCCACCAUGUUGGAUGAACCAGUGUGGAGAACAGAAAUGGCCUCUUCUGCCCCUGCUACCCCAGCGCCCUUCCAGGUGGAGCUCAGCCAGUCCCCUAAGCCAUACCAGAGCUCCCCUGAGCUUGGUCAGGCGAGCCUGCGGCCCUCCCCAAACCCUGUCUCAGCCUCUCGGUUUCAGGUGGCCAGGCCCAAAUUCUCAGCAGCUAGAACGGGGAUGCAGGCCAACGUGUGGAGGCCGAGCUUUGGCCACCACUGA